AUGUCCCAUAUUUUGACCCAUAAAUGGUGGGUUUUUCCGAAAGUGUUUCCCUCAGCUCCGGGAUGGCAAAAAAGGUUCUCCCUGAGCUCCGGGAAAUCACCCGCCGUGGGAGAAGAGCGACUGGGGGAGGGCCCGGACUUCAGUCAAGCUGGCCUGGAGGACUCCAACGGUUCCAAAGAGGUGGCGGCGCUGAAAGAUGUGCUGCACAACCCGGAGCACAUCAAUACCACGGACGACUUGCAGAAGUUAAUCUCGUUGAACUAUCCUGCGCUAAAGCCAGGGGAGAUGACUGUUGCGAUCUGCAACUUGUUUCGGAUCUAUCCGUUGAACAACAUCGUGGCAUCAACCCCUAGCAGUUCGCUCUUGGAGACUUCCGGGUCAGAUUGGGCCAACGAGGUGGUGAAGAUGGCUGUGAAAGCGCAAGCCUACACCGCCAUCGCCAUUCGGUCCAUCACGAGCGCCAAGGCAGAUGAAACCAUGAUGCUGUGGUUUGGAGACAAGAGCACCAGUGCCAAGAAGGAAGUUCGGCGCAUUGCGAACCAGGUGAACCGUUUACUGUCCAACGUGGACUACAAGUACCCAGGGCCGCAAUGCCAAGCGAAUGUCUAUGCCUACGUGCACCCAAACCCGCCCCACAACAAGUGUCUUGGUGGACAGUAUUUGUUUUACCUUUGUGAGGAUUACAUGACAGCUGAUAUGGCUACCCAGCUGGAAACCUUGACUCAUGAAGCCUCGCACCACGAGAUGUCAUUGACGGAUGAUGUUUGCUACAAGGGCGAGCCCCCAGAUUGUCUGAAAGCCUAUGGGCGCGUUGCAUGCCUUGGGUUGGCCAACACUGAGCCUAGCAAGGCGCUGAAGAAUGCGGACAACUUUUGUUUCUUCGUGAAUGAUAUUCAGCCCAAUGCUCAUACUCCUGCCUGUCCAUCUUUGCCAAGAUGUUCUUUUGAUAAGACCUGUUCCUGUUCUUCAGGCUUGGUAAAGAGAGAGGAGCAGACGCAGACGGGAAGCAUUUGCUACACCUGCGGCAAGACGCCUUCGAAGGUGCACAAGAAACCUAACUCUGGUAACUCAAAGGGCGGGCUGUGCCCUACAGAUGACACCGGCGGUACUUGCCGCAUUUUUUUGUGCAGCCGAACUCGAGGCCCGACGAUGUGUUCCGGCGGCAAAUGCUAUUGCAAACCAGGGCUAUGUGCAGAGGAUGGCUACUGCAUGCCUCCUCGGGUGAUGAAUUCUGACCUGGGGAGCAGUGCUGAUCAGGACUGCGAGGUGGACACAGGCGGCACCUGCAAAUACCUCUGGUGUUGGCACGGCAGAGGUCCUACCUCUUGCAUCGAUGGGAAAUGCCAAUGUCGGGAAGGUUAUUGUCAGAAGAACGGGAAGUGCGAGCCCAAGCUGCUGAAAUGAGCUUUCGGACCCGGAUAAACCCCUGCACAUCACUCGGGCUGAAACGGCUCCAACACCAAAGUGCCAAGUGCUGCAGUUGGUGUGGUGCAUGAUGAAGGGGCUCGCGUCAGCUGGUGACAUAAGACACCAGGCUCGGAUUAUUUCCACCAAUCUCAGAAGAGACAUUUAUAGUUGGGCAUGCCUUCUGCUGUGCAGUUUU